UCGUGCCAACGACGCCACCACGAUGUCCAUCUGACAAGUUCCAAUGUCGUACGACCUUGCAAUGUAUUCCACUCGAAGUGAAAUGUAAUGGUGAAGCUGAUUGUCCUGAUGGUUCUGAUGAAUUACCUUCAGAGUGCAAGACAAGUAAGCCUUCACAAGCAAACUUAUUAUAUACAUCUGUAAACUACACUGGACUGGACUAAACUGAACUAAACUGGACCGGGACUGGACAGAAAAGAACAGAACAGUCAACAGAACAGUCAACAGAACAGUCAACAGAACAGUCGACAGAACUGUCGACAGAACAGUCGACAGAACAGUCGACAGAACAGUCGACAGAACAGUCGGCAGAACAGUCGACAGAACAGUCGACAGAACAGUCGGCAGAACAGUCGGCAGAACAGUCGACAGAACAGUCGACAGAACAGUCGACAGAACAGUCGACAGAACAGUCGACAGAACAGUCGACAGAACCAAACUAUAAACCAAACUACACUGAACCGCAGAAUACUAUACAGAGGUCCAUCUCCAUAGUUUUUUUUGCGUAAGCGCUAUUCGACUGGACUGGACUGAACUAAACACUUUGAUGGUUAUUUAACUGAAUAAUUUUAGAAAUUGAUUCUGUUCUUGGUCUUGUUUUUCUUCUUCAUUUCAUUUUAUUUCAUAUAUCGCAUGGUGAAUUUUUUAGCUUGCAAGGAUUUAGGUAUGUUUGAAUGCGACAACGGACGAUGUAUUAACAAGACUUUGGUAUGCGAUCGCCGCUGGGAUUGUGGAGAUAGCUCCGAUGAGGAAUGUUGUGGUCAUUCGUUUAAAUGUGCUAAUGGUGUGUGUAUAACUUCAUCAUGGACCUGCGAUGGUGAGGACGACUGUGGGGAUAAUAGCGAUGAAUCAGAACAAAAAUGUG